CAAACAGGAAUAGUACAUAUAUCCUACAAGGUUAGCAAGAAGGUUCAUAGUCGACCAAUAUGGCUGGCAUCUCCACCAAUGCCAUUGUCCUUGUGCUUGUGGCACUCCUCUCCGUGCUCGUCACGUCCGUCCGUUGUGCGGCCAACUACGACACCGCCGCCGCUAGAUCCUACAACUCCGGCUGGCUCCCCGCCAAGGCCACCUGGUACGGAGCACCCACCGGCGCCGGCCCCAUGGACAACGGCGGUGCUUGCGGUUUCAAGAACGUGAACCAGUACCCCUUCUCCUCCAUGACGUCCUGCGGCAACGAGCCUCUCUUCGACGGCGGCGCCGGCUGCGGCAGCUGCUACGAGAUUCGAUGCGUUGCCGCCAACAACCCUUCCUGCUCCGGCCAGCCGAGGAGGGUGGUCAUCACCGACAUGAACUACUACCCCGUGGCCAGGUACCACUUCGACCUUAGCGGCACGGCGUUCGGGGCCAUGGCCAAGAACGGCCUCAACGACAAGCUCCGCCACGCCGGCAUCAUCGACAUGCAGUUCAGGAGGGUGCGCUGUAACUUCCCGGGCAUGAAGGUCACCUUCCAUGUCCAGCGCGGCUCCAACCCUAACUACCUCGCGGUGCUCGUGGAGUACGCCAACGUGGACGGGACCGUGGUGCGGAUGGAGCUCAUGCAGACCAGGAACGGCCGCCCCACGGGGUCCUGGGAGCCGAUGCGCCGCUCUUGGGGAUCCAUCUGGCGGAUGGACACCAGCCGCCCGCUGCAGGGGCCAUUCUCCAUGCGCAUCACCAGCGACUCCGGCAAGACGCUGGUGGCCAACAGUGUCAUCCCGGCCUACUGGCGGCCGGACAAAGCCUACGGGUCCAACGUCCAGUUCUACUGAUUUUGGCUUACCUAUAUACCUGCUUCUCCGAUCGAUCGAUGUCGAUUGAGUUGAUGCUCCUGGAUUUCUCUUCUCAUCAAACGCUACCUAUUGUUCAUUGUAAGUGAUAAGGCCUUGUACAACGCAAUGCAAGGUCUUUAGUGAGGUAUAUUUGUAAAAAGGUACCGGUAAUUUCUUAAGUAUCGGUGUUUAUUUGUAUUGUAGCACAUAAGCUUACUUAGACACCACUGUUAUCCAAAAAGGAUCGGGGCUUAAGGAAAACCAGUUUGUAUUUGCAAGCUCCUCUACAUGGUCCAGAUAUUGCUAGCUAACUGGAUGAUCAACAUUGGCUGGCCAAUGCAUGUUGCCGGGCUCUUUAAUU